AUGGCGGCGACUGCCGCCACCACGGCCACCACCGCCGGCACGGCCGCCUGCAGCAGCAGCAGCCGCGCCGGCACCGACGCCGCGGGCACCCGCGGAUCGCAGCCGCCGCCGCAGCACCCCCAGCCCGCGGCCGCCGCGCCGGCCCGGCCGCCGCCGCCCGAGCCCCCCCGGAAGCCGCGCAUGGACCCACGGCGCCGCCAGGCUGCUCUCUCCUUCCUCACCAACAUCUCGCUGGACGGACGGCCGCCGCUGCAGGACGAGGAGUGGGGCGGCGGCGAGGAGAGCGGCGCGGCCAAGCCGGGAGCCGGCAGCGCCUGCGGCGCGAGGACUCGGCUCAGCCUGCUCGCCGCCGCCGAGCGGGGCGGCUGCAACGCGCUCGCCGCGGCGGGCACGGCGGCGGCGGUAGCAGCUGGAUGGGGACCCUGCCUCCCGCAGCCCUCGCCGCUGCCACUCCUGGCCCCCGGCGGCCACGCUGCGGGGCUCGGGCUCGGGGCGACUCGGGGCUUCGUGAGCCCCCUGGGCGCGGGCCGGGCGUCGGGGGAGCAGUUACAGCCGCCCCGGCCGGCGCCUCUCGCCUCCUGCGCUCCGCCGCAGCUGCCCGACCGGCCCGGGAACGCCGGGCAGGAGGAGCUGGAGGAGGACGAUGCCUUUUCCAGCGUGCAGGUGCCGGCGGCCGCCUUUCUGGGCUCCGGGACCCCCGGGAGUGGGAGCGGCAGUCGGGGUCGCCUCAACUCGUUCACUCAGGGAAUCCUGCCCAUCGCCUUCUCCAGGCAGGCUUCGCAGAACUACUGCUCCCUGGAGCAGCCAGGCCAGGGGGCCAGCACCAGCGCCUUGGAACAGUUGCAGAGGUCCCGACGUCGCCUCAUCUCCCAGAGGUCAUCCUUGGAGACUCUGGAAGAUAUUGAGGAGAAUGCCCCUCUACGGAGAUGUCGAACUCUCUCAGGUUCGCCCAGACCAAAGAACUUUAAGAAGAUUCAUUUUAUCAAGAACAUGCGGCAGCACGAUACCAGGAAUGGCAGAAUAGUCCUUAUCAGUGGCAGAAGAUCCUUCUGUAGUAUAUUUUCAGUGCUGCCCUAUCGUGACAGUGCCCAAGUUGGGGACUUGAAGUUGGAUGGAGGGAAGCAGUCCACAGGUGCUGUGAGCUUGAAAGAGAUUAUUGGCCUUGAAGGUGUGGAGCUGGGAGCUGACGGGAAGACUGUUUCUUACACCCAAUUUCUGUUACCCACAAAUGCCUUCGGAGCCCGGAGAAAUACCAUAGACUCCACCUCCUCCUUCUCCCAGUUCCGUAACCUGAGCCACCGCAGCCUCUCCAUAGGACGCGCAAGCAGCACCCAGGGGAGCCUGGACACAGGUAGCGACCUGGGAGACUUUAUGGACUAUGACCCAAAUCUCCUGGAUGACCCCCAGUGGCCUUGCGGCAAGCACAAACGAGUUCUGAUCUUUCCUUCGUACAUGACCACAGUAAUCGACUACGUGAAGCCCUCAGACCUCAAGAAGGACAUGAACGAGACCUUCAAGGAGAAGUUUCCUCACGUCAAGUUAACACUCAGCAAAAUAAGGAGUCUGAAGCGAGAGAUGCGGAAGCUUGCCCAGGAGGACUGUGGCUUCGAGGAGCCCACAGUGGCCAUGGCCUUUGUCUAUUUUGAGAAGCUCGCCCUCAAGGGAAAGCUAAACAAACAGAACCGGAAGCUUUGUGCCGGAGCAUGUGUACUCUUAGCAGCCAAAAUCGGAAGUGACCUGAAAAAGCACGAAGUGAAGCAUUUAAUUGACAAACUGGAAGAGAAGUUCCGGCUAAAUAGACGAGAACUGAUUGCCUUUGAAUUCCCAGUGUUAGUGGCCUUGGAGUUCGCUCUUCAUCUGCCGGAGCACGAAGUCAUGCCCCAUUACAGACGCCUCAUCCAGAGCUCCUAGCACAGGCCCCAAGGAGGGCUAGGGCCCACUUCCUCGGAGCUCGUGGAACAGCACUUACUACUGGAAAUGCAAAAACAGAACUCGACAUGCCAACCUUUUUUCCUCCCAACAUGUUUUUGAGUAGCAGCAGUACCGGAAACUCUUCAGGCAGUCCUGGUGAGCCGGGAUGAGCCGAGAGC